AUCAUUCCAUAAACAUCGUGAAAUGGAUUUAAGAUUUACUUUAUGUCUCCGCAAUCGAUCACAUCGCCUUCCCUAUUCCUCCCAUAGCAUCUACUGCAGAGGUGAAGAUACAACAAGAGAGAAAUAGAAUGGCCAUGGUGAUAACGGUGGCACAGGACGGAAGUGGGGAGUAUAGGACGGUGCAGGAGGCAAUAGACGCCGUGCCUCUCUGUAACACCUGCCGGACGGUGAUUCGUGUGUCGCCUGGGAUAUACAAGCAACCCGUGUACGUGCCCAAGACCAAGAACCUAAUAACCCUAGCCGGAUUGCGUCCGGAGGACACUAUCCUCACCUGGAACAACACUGCCUCCCAAAUCGAUCAUCACCAGGCGUCACGCGUUAUUGGAACUGGGACGUUUGGUUGUGGGAGUACCAUUGUGGAAGGAGAGGAUUUUAUAGCUGAGAACAUCACUUUUGAGAACUCUGCACCUGAGGGUUCAGGCCAAGCUGUGGCAAUUAGAGUGACUGCAGAUCGGUCCGCAUUUUAUAAUUGCAGAUUUCUUGGGUGGCAGGACACAUUGUAUUUGCAUUAUGGGAAACAAUAUUUGAAAGAUUGCUAUAUUGAAGGAAGCGUGGACUUCAUUUUUGGUAAUAGCACUGCUCUUUUGGAGCACUGUCAUAUUCAUUGCAAAUCAGCUGGAUUCAUAACUGCCCAAAGUAGGAAAUCUUCUCAAGAGACCACUGGCUAUGUUUUCUUGAGAUGUGUGAUCACUGGCAAUGGGGGAACACCAUACGCAUAUCUUGGACGACCGUGGGGACCUUUUGGGAGGGUGGUUUUUGCAUACACAUGGAUGGAUGCAUGUAUCAUACACGUUGGUUGGCAUAAUUGGGGCAAAGCUGAGAACGAGAGAAGCGCUUGCUUUUACGAGUACAGGUGUUUUGGACCAGGUAGUUGCUCAUCAAAACGAGUGAAUUGGGCAAGAGAACUGAUGGAUGAAGAAGCAGAACAGUUCCUCAUGCACAGUUUCAUUGAUCCGGAUCCACAAAGGCCUUGGCUGGCACAGAGAAUGGCCCUGAGGAUACCACAUUCUGCUUAGGAGGAACUAUUAUGAAGCUCGGGUACAGCAGUUUGCUUAUGUACAAAUAAACAGAGAAAUGGGUUUCAUGAAUUAGCAUCUCACGGUAGCUGAGAAAAAAAAUUUCUUUGGAAGAGUCAUUGCAAGUUUUAGUUCGUGUGACAAAUGCUUGGUCAUUUGGUUUUGCAAGAAUGCCACUUUUAGAAGAUCUUGAAAUGUGACCGUUAAAAGAUUUGAAUUUUCAUUGAUUUGUGUCAAAAAUCGAGUGUCUUUUCAUUUGGUUUAAGUUUAAGUAAAUGACUGUGUU